GCCGAACAGCCCGGAGCGAAGGCGCUGGCAGAGGAGCGGGGUCUCCGCUGGGUGAUCCCCGACCCGUACCAGGACCUGGACCCGGACCCUGACCCCGGCGGCCGCACGCGGUGGGUGUGUCCGCGCCAUGGGAGCCGUCUGGUCUGCCUUGCUGGUCGGCGGGGGGCUGGCGGGGGCGCUGCUAGUGUGGCUGCUGAGGGGCGGCUCCGGCGAUGGAGGCAAGGACGCCCCUCUCCGGGAACCCGCGGACUCGAGAGACCCAGAGCAUCUUCAAGAAAGCAAUGGACUUUUGAUUUCUGAGACCAAAGUGAGAGAAACUUUAGGAAAUGAAAGUCUUGAGUCCCCUGUUGGAGAAUGGAGGUUCCAAAAAGGCCAAGAGACCUCUACUAAAACAGCCACAUGGUUUGCAGAGAAGUUGCCAUCUAGCAGCCAGCACAUGGCCAGAGAUAAGAAAGAGAACCAGGCGCCGUUGGACAUUCAGGCCCCGGCUGGCCAUGAGGAUUGGGAAAUGGUGUCUAGGCACUCGUCUUGGGGAGAGGUGGGCUUGGGUGGCAACCUGGAGGCUUCUGGGGCAAGGCUAAGCCAAGAAAGGCACAACAGCAGAAGUGAUUUUAUGGAAGCGAGAGACUGGGAAGUGGAUGAGAAAAGAAAAAGUGCAGCCAAAGUGUCUUCAGAGUCCAAGCAAGUUAGCAUCAGGUUCCAGGUGCACUACCUCACGAGCACGGAUGUGCAGUUCAUUGCAGUAACUGGAGACCAUGAGAAUCUUGGCAGGUGGCAUACUUACAUCCCACUCCACCAUCACAAGGAUGGGCUGUGGUCUCAUUCUGUCUUCCUACCAGCAGAUUCUAUGGUGCAGUGGAAAUUUGUGCUGGUGGAGAACGGGGACAUUACACGCUGGGAAGAAUGCAGCAAUAGAUGCCUAUCGACGGGCCACGAGGACAAAGUGGUUCACGGGUGGUGGGGGAUUCACUGAUGCCAAGUGCUGGAGAGGCUGCAGCAGAAAGUGGAGGAGGGUAAGGUUGUGGAGCACACUGAAUAAUUUAAAAUAAAGGCAACACGACUAGCCACCAGCUGCUGCA